UCUCAAGUCUGAUGGCGGUUUGUUUUUGUCCGUGAAUGAAAAAAUAAAACUCUGCUUUGAGUUAUCGGGCUUUUAAAAAAAUAAUAAUUUAAAUAUUAAAUAUGAUUCACGAGCUGCUGUUGGCGCUCAGCGGAUACCCCGGAACCAUCUUCACAUGGAACAAGCGGACAGGUUUACAGGUGUCCCAGGACCUUCCCUUCCUUCACCCCAGUGAGACCAGUGUCCUGAACCGGCUGUGUAAACUGGGCUCAGAUUACAUUCGCUUCACUGAGUUCAUAGAGCAGCACACCGGCCACGUUCAUCAACAAGAACAUCACACCAACCAGCCGAACCAGACGGGUCUUCAUGGAAUCCACCUGCGAGCGUUUUGCACCGGACUGGACUCUAUGCUGCAGCCGUACCGACAGGCGCUGCUGGACCUCGAACAGGAAUUCCUGGGAGACCCACAUCUGACGAUAUCACACGUGAAUUACAAGCUCGAUCAGUUUCAGUUGCUGUUUCCCUCUGUUAUCGUGGUGGUGGAAACUAUAAAGUCACAGAAGAUCCAUGGCUGUCAGAUCCUGGAGACGGUGUACAAGCACAGCUGCGGGGGGCUUCCUCCAGUGCGCAUGGCUUUAGAAAAGAUUCUGGCCGUGUGUCACGGUGUGAUGUACAAGCAGCUCGCCGCCUGGAUGCUGCACGGGCUGCUGCUGGACCAAAGCGAAGAGUUUUUCAUCAAGCAGGGCCCCAGCGCAGGAGGCGCCGCCGCCAACCAGGACGAGGAGGAGGAGGACCUGGGCCUGGGCGGUCUGAGUGGAAAACAGCUGAGAGAGCUGCAGGACCUGCGGCUGAUCGAGGAGGAGAACAUGCUGGCGCCGUCUCUGCAGCAGUUCUCUCUGCGAACGGAGAUGCUGCCGUCUUACAUUCCCAUCCGGGUGGCAGAGAAGAUCCUGUUUGUGGGCGAGUCAGUUCAGAUGUUUGAAAACCACAACCACAGCCCGUCCAGAGCUGGCUCCAUAUUGAAACACCAGGAGGACGCGUUUGCUGCCGAGCUGCACAGACUCAAACAGCAGCCUCUGUUCAGCUUGGUGGACUUUGAGAAUGUGAUCGACGGGAUCCGGAGCACGGUGGCCGAGCAUCUCUGGACUCUGAUGGUGGAGGAGGCGGAUCUGCUGGAGCAGCUCAAGAUCGUUAAGGACUUCUACCUGUUGGGCCGCGGGGAGCUCUACCAGGUUUUCAUCGACCUCGCCCAGCAGAUGCUGAAGGCGCCGCCAACAGCGGUCACUGAGCACGACGUUAACGUUGCCUUCCAGCAGGCGGCGCACAAGGUUCUCCUGGAUGACGACAACCUGCUGCCUCUGCUGCACCUCACUGUGGACUACCAGGGGAAAGACGCCAAAGAGGCGUCGGGUCCCAGAGACGGAGCCACUCCUCCUCAGGACUCGUCUCCUCGGGAGGCUCCGCCCACCGGCUGGGCGGCCCUCGGCCUGGCCUACAAGGUCCAGUGGCCGCUGCACAUCCUCUUCACUCCCGCCGUCCUGGAGAAGUACAACGUGGUGUUCAGGUACCUGCUCAGCGUGCGGCGGGUGCAGUCGCAGCUGCAGCACUGCUGGGCUCUGCAGAUGCAGAGGAAGCACCUGAAGUCCAGCCAAUCAGAUGCAGUGAAGUGGAGGCUCCGCAACCACAUGGUGUUCCUCAUCGACAACCUGCAGUACUACCUACAGGUGGACGUCCUGGAGUCUCAGUUCACUCAGCUGCUGCAGCAGAUCAACUCCACCAGAGACUUUGAGAGCAUCCGGCUGGCCCACGACCAUUUCCUCAGCAACCUGCUGGCUCAGUCCUUCAUCCUGCUCAAGCCGGUUUUCCACUGUCUGAGUGAGAUCCUGGAGUUGUGUCAGAGCUUCUGCUCUCUGGUGGGGCAGAGCGUGGCGCCGCUGGACGAACGCGGAGCGGCUCAGCAGCUGGACCUGCUGGUGAAGGGCUUCCGGCGCCAGUCGUCCCUGCUCUUCAAAAUCCUCUCCAGCGUGAGAAACCAUCAGAUCAACUCGGACCUGGCGCAGCUGCUGCUGCGUCUGGACUACAACAAGUACUACACACAGGCCGGCGGCACGCUGGGCGGGGUUUAAGAGAAGCAGGAAGACGAUCAAAUAGCCAGAAAAUUAACCUCGAUCUCAAACUCCUCUGGACUCGUUGCUUCAAUCUCCGUUUGGACUUUUCACACAAGUAAAGCAGCAUUUAAGGCUCAUUUCUCACAUAAAAGAAUAUUUAAGCUGCUUAGUAAAGUACAGACUGCAAGAUCGGAAGAAUUUAAUAUAUAUUUUUGGGCUGAAGUACUGGGAAUGUUGCACAUAAGGCUGUGGUUAGGGUUCUCCUGCUUGGACACACUAGCAGGCUCAUUAAGACGCCUGCAAGAACAAAUAAGUCAUAGUGAAAUACUUCUUUCAUAAAACUGUAAUAAAAUUUGAAAAAAAAAAGAUUGGCUGAUCUAUGAAUCAAUCAGUUGCAGCACUGCAACUUAUUAAAUGCCCACAUAUUCCUUGAAAUAAAAUUUAUUCAAAUUUCAAUGUCAAUAUUUAAAUGUAUGUUCAAUUUCAUAGAGAAUCAUGUUAAUCUAAUCUAUUUAAUGCAUUUAUAUUCUUUUUCUUUUCAUAAUUUAGAAAAGUAUAAAUAUUUGACUUUAUUUCAUUCUGAAGGUAUUUUGGGGCUCUUCAUACCUGCAGUGUGAUGUGAGGAUUUAGUGUCUCCAUCCAGGUGUGUUCAGCUGGGAGGAUGAAGGUAUUAGAGCCAAAGUAGAUGAGGACAAAAAUAAUAAAUUUUCACUAAACAACUCAGGAAAUCUUUCAUUGCUAAUAACUGAAAUUUUUACUUGGAAAUUUCUGAGUUUGAAAAGUGGAAAAAUUCAGUUUUAGAACAUUUCUGAUUACUCUCAAAAUUAGUCUUUCCUAGCAAAUUUUUGUCUUCAAAUUAAAACAUUUCCAAGUUGUUGUUUUUUUAAUAAAAGUUUGGAGAUUAUUCAAUAUUGUUGAAUUUUUCAGCAGGAAAAUUUACUUUUUAUUUCCUCAAAAAAGAAACACAAAAUAUGUCCUGGUUUUUUUAAUUAGCAUGGUUUUGACUUUCCGAGGUAAGAAAUUGCUGAGAUUUAGCUCAACAUUUUAGGUUUUUUUUCAGAAAAAAACUUUCCAAGCUCAGAAAUAGCUAAGUUUUUUCAAGAAAACUUCUGAAAAAAAAUCUCAACAGCUGAAUUUUUGCAGAAAUUUACUCUUUGCCUUCUACCUUAAUGGCUCCAAUACGCCGUCGUAAGGGAGAAACUGAAACAUGUAGGAAGCUUUUUGGGCCUUUUAUAUGUGAUCAGUUUCCAUCCAGACUCAAAAAUGAUUUUAUAUAAUUAAAUACCAA